ACUUCAAAAUAGAAAGCGAGGCCCAAAAAACUAUUCAGUAGAGACUGUUGAACGGAACACAACUUAUAUAAACACAACAAAUUUGAUUGUAAAUUUUUCGUAUCGCGUAAAAUCCGUUGCGUCAAACAGCUAAAUUUCUAGUCAGCAAAAUCACAGGUUUCAUAUUUAUAUUUGGUUCCGUUUUGUAAAUUAGUUCCUUUAAAUCGCUAAUCGAGAAUGCCAGCAUAUAGGGAUCUACUUCUGGUGCGUUCGGCCAGCCGGCUGCUCACCUGCAAGCGAGCCUUCCGGGAGGUUUCGCACUGCCUUCGAGCCUAUGCCACCAAGUGCAAGAAGCCCAAGGGCGUGGUUGUGGGUGUCUACAAGAGGGAUUCGGACAAGCCGCCAAAGACCACGGAGAAUGCCGUCACCCUGGACGACUCUGUGGGCGGUAAGGUAAUGCAGUGGAUCCGUGAACGAAACAUGGACGGGAGCCCGGGCAAGGGCCUGCUGUUCAGCGGCAUGGACGGCGAUUACCAGGCCAUUGCCGUCGUGGGUGUCGGGGACUACGAUGCCGCCUUCAACGAGGAGGAGGAGUUGGAUCUGGGCAUGGAGAAUGUCCGUGUGGCCGCCGGCGCUGGCGCCCGCGCCCUGCAGAUGCAGGGAAUGCGCGAGGUGCAUGUGGAUAGCAUGGGUUAUCCGGAGCAGGCCGCCGAGGGCGCCUCGCUGGCCGUUUGGCGCUUCAACAUGAACAAGAGGAAGAAGAACCGAACGCGGACCCCCAAGCUGGAAAUGUACGGUAAGGGGGACCGCGAGGCCUGGACCCGGGGCCUGUUCAAGGCCGAGUCCCAGAACCUGGCCCGUCGCCUGUCCGACACGCCGGCGAACAUGAUGACCCCGUCCGUGUUCGCCCAGGCCGCCGUCGAUGCUCUGUGCCCCUGCGGCGUGACUGUGGAGGUGCGAUCCAUGGACUGGAUUGAGGACAUGAAGCUCAAUUCCUUCAUGAUGAUCGCCAAGGGCUCCUGCGAGCCGCCCCUGUUGCUCGAGUGCUCCUACUGCGGCACCGCUCCCGAAGAGAAGUCCGUGCUGUUGCUGGGCCUGGGCCUGACCUUCAACAGCGGCGGGCUCUGCCUGAAGAAGAAGACGGGAAUGGACCAGUACCGCGGCGCAAUGGCUGGAGCUGCCGUAUGUGUGGGCGUGCUCCGCGCCGCUUCCGCCCUCUCGCUGCCGAUGAACAUCUCGGCGAUCAUCCCACUCUGCGAGCACAUGCCCUCCGGCAUGGCGGUCAAGUGCGGCGAUGUGGUGAGCCUGCUGAAUGGCAUCACCAUGGGCGUCAAGGAUGUGGGCAAGGCCCCUGUUGUGGUGAUGGCCGAUCCCCUGCUCUACGGCCAGGCCGCGCACAAGCCCAAAAUGAUCAUCGACAUAGGCACGGUGGCCCAAGGCGUAAACUACGCGCUCGGCGGAGGGGCUACUGGGCUCUGGACUACGUCGAACUUUGUCCACAAGCAGUUCCGCAAGGCUGGUGGAAUCACUGGGGAUCGCGUCUGGCGCUUCCCGCUCUUCAAGUACUACCACCAGAUCGUCACCAAGAACAUCACCUAUGACCUGAGCAACGCCGGCCGUGGACCGGCCUCCUCCUGCCUGGCCGCCGCCAUUCUUCGCAGCCUCGUCCCGUGCGUCGACUGGGCCCAUCUGGACAACCGUGGAACAGGCAUGCUCACCACAACCAACCCACUGCCCUACCUGUUGAAGAACCAGAUGACCGGACGCCCCACUCGCACUGUCAUCCAGUUCCUGUACCAGCUGGCCUGCUCCGAAUCCUAGUUUGACUCGGAAUCAAUGUUCUGUUGGUCUUAAACAGAUGACCUGACCGCACGCCCUACAGGCCUGCGCCCAGUUAUAGUCUAAAUUUUGGAUAUAAUCUCACACGACACAUUGUUAUAAUUUGGCUUGAAACAUCAAUGGUUGUUAAUUUGUUCUCA